CGGAUGGUAAAAUAAUAAUACAAGCAACAUAGUACGUAAUACCUACCAAAAUAAAAAAAAAAGUGCAUAGGUUCCUAUGUAAGAGCGUCACGCGGGACGAGCGGUAUACGUUGUUCGCGAUCUACGACGGUGUUAAUAAUAUUAAUUUUGAAAUGUGAUAAUCAUUAGUGAUCUACGGACGAGAUUCGCAAUAAUAUUAUGUAUUUCUACAACGACGUUAUCCGCGGUUUUUUCGAUACGAUGAAAGUAUAAUAAUAAUAUAGUGCAGCAACAGCCGCAUCGCGGGUUAUGGCGGAACGGGUCGUUUCCGCGUUCGACGGUGUAUCUAACCUAGGUACAUAUUAUUAUAGAUAAUAGAUUGUAGUCGUAUCAUAAUGUCGACUUACACGUGCGACGAGACGCGAUUAUUGUUCAUGGUUUAAGGCAUACGAGAAGCUCCAUCAUUAUGGCGACGAACGUUAUCAUACUGUGCAUUGCUUUGGCGCCCGCUUAUGUAAUCGCAUUUGGAAAGUACUCGGCAAAUAUAAAAGACUCUGAGUACGUUCGGAGCAAACUGCUGGAGAACGUUAUCAGCCAACUGGAAAAGGACAUCGUCAAGUCGGAGAUGGACGGUGGCAAGUACGACGCGGCGGCGCGGUACGGGCCACGGAUGAAGACCACCGAACGCGAACCUACAGGAGCCGACUACGAUGACGCGGCCUCGGACGGCCCGAACGCAGUGCCGUCGAUCCGGGACAACGAGUACGUGCAACAUGGCACGCUGUGGGGAGCGCAGUACAUGAGCGGCGGUGCCGGCGAAGGGGUUCAGACCCUGAACCCAGACAGUCCGACGAGAAACAAAAAUGAAGUGAAAACCGACGCCGCGCUGCCGGCUUACUGCAACCCGCCCAACCCAUGUCCGGUGGGAUACACGGAUGAAGAUGGUUGUAUAAUGGAUUUUGAAAAUACGGCGGCGUUCAGUCGAGACUAUCAGGAAUCUCAAGAAUGCAUGUGUGAUUCUGAACAUAUGUUUGACUGCGCAAGAUCGAAUACAGGCACCAAACACAGUGUUGACGUGGACGAACUUGUAAGAACAUUUCAGGUAGAUGAUGAACAUAAGAGUUUGGUUGCAAAAAAAUUCCACGUUAAGAAGGCUUUUAAUCCAUACUUACAAGGAGAAUUUCUGCCCAUAGCAGCAAAAAAGGGAAUUAACAUCGGAUUGUAACAUAUCUUAAUCCAACACGACCAAUUAUUUAUUCAUUCUAUAUUAGACAAUUCCAACAAAAAUGUUACAAAGCAAAAAGAAAAAAACAUAUAUAUUUAUUUCAACCAGUUUGUUUAUAAGUAAAAAAAAAUGUUACCUGAUAGAUAAUAUUUAAUUAUAAUGUCAUCCUUAAUUACAUGUUAAAGAUAUGACCAAGAGAUACAAUUAUACAAUUAAUUAAUAAAUUAUAGACUAAACUAAUCAUUUUUAAAGACUAGAAAA